AUGUCAUUGCCGAAACUGAAUCCUAUUUUGAAGCAAACCCGUCUUCAUAAACCAUCAGCCGAAUGUAAAAGGAAAAGCAACGGGAAUACAAAGCCCAAAUGUGCUAACUGUGGUGGCGAUCACAGCGGCAAAUACAGGGGCUGCCCUAAGACCCCAAGGCCUAAACCCAUGACAGAGGGUCCAUCCCCUCCUAGACCAUCAUCUCCCCCCUCUAAAGCUGUGAAGCCAUGCUCCGUUGAGCCUGGAAAAUCGUUCGCGGCUGUGGCCGCCAAUGUUGCAAGGUCCUCCCCCUCGGCCGCCCCCAUCGUAAGCCAACCCCUGAUCCAGGCGCAACCCCAAUCAACAUCUCCCCUGGAUCAGGUGUUGGCCAUCCCUGCUAGCAUGCAGGAGCAAUUUGCUAUCAAUAACUCCCAGCUAGCAAGGGCAAUUCCCCUGCUGGCCGCUUCUGCUGUGUCCCAAUAA